UACGUCAAAAUGUCUGUCUAAGUAUAGUGAAUGCUGUUGUAAUUAUUUUCACUAAUUGAAAAUGGAUAAAGUUAAAUCAACUAUAGAAGGAUUAAAAUCAACUUCAUCUGCUCGCGUUCAAGAAACUUUAUUAAAGAUAAGAAGUAAUGUAAUAAUAAAUGACGCUGGUAUUAAACUUUUUAGACAAAGUGGUGGAUUAGAUUUACUAGUGCCCCAUUUGCGCAAGCCAAACGAGAGAAUUCUUGAUAUCGCUCUAAGUAUCCUUGGAAAUUGUUGUCUCGAAGAGGAAAGCAGCCUAGCAGUUGGCAAGUUAAAUUCAUUUGGACCAUUAGUAUCUAUACUGAAGACGGUGUGUCGAGACAGUAUCGUUGGAAGAGCUUGUCGUGUGAUAGGAAAUCUGGCACAACGCACCAGCAAUGCUGAAGGCCUACAUAAUCAUGGAGCAGUAACAGCAUUAGUUGCUCUCAUUGAAAACAGGGAUAAAAACACAUCAUACCCUACUCUUACUAUGGCUGUGAGAGCAAUCAGGCAACUUUGGAUGGUUAUAGACAAAAGAGAGGAGAUGCUUGCUCUCAACGCUGUGCGCUGUAUAGCAAUACUAGUUACAACUGAGUGUGAGUCAGCGGGGAUAAUAAAGUCUACCAAUCCAGCCAGGGAAACUGAGGGAUUCAGGAAAAGCCAGGAGGAAUUAGUCAUUGGAAUACUUAAAUGCCUUGGAUAUUUCACAACUCAUGCAACAGCACAAUGUGCAGAACAGAUUCAAGGAGAUGGCAGAGGAUAUCAAAGUCUUGUAGCUUUGACAAAAUUAUAUGAAUCCUUAGCCUUAAAAUGCCUGAUGAAUCUGUGUUACCUGUCUCCAUGUCGACCUCUGUUAGGCACUGCAGGGUUAGUAGAGUGUCUUGUGGGAAUACUACAAAAGAUAUCAGAGGUCUUAUGGUGGCCAGAGGGUGCCGCCCGAGCACUUGCCCAGCUGAGCGGGGAGUCUGUGAACCGCUCGCGGCUGCGGCACUGCGGCGGCCUGCCUCUGUUAGUGGCGGCGGCGAGAGAGCACCCGUGCGCCAUGCAUGCUCUGUUGCAGUAUGUGUUCGAUGAUACGUCAUUCCAAAUUCUUGUCAAUGAAGGCCUAAUAAGUCUACUAACAGAUGAACUGACAAAAUAUCUUGGCACUAUGGAUAUAGAACAUAAUAAUACGGAAAAUACUAACAAGCUGAAUGAAACCACGGAGCCUCUUGUUGAUAAGAAAUUAAGAACCGAAUUAAAAGUAGAAGAGAAAGAAGCACCAAAGAAUGUGGAAGCAAAAAGUUGUUUAUUCUUGCGGCGGAAAAGUCACUUAGCUAAAAACGAAGAUGAAUUGAAAGUGGUAAUAGAAAGAGAUAACAUGAUAGUCGGUUUCAUUGAUGCGGUUGAUAGCGACGCCAGUGAUGAAAGUCAGAGUGAGGAUGAUAGCGGAGCUCCAAAACGAAAAGGGACCAAGAGAGCUAGAUCUGGGAGUCCAAAAUUAGCUCAAAAUAAACCUCAGUUAAUCAAAAUGGCCAAUAAGGAUUGGUCUGCUGGUGUGUACUGGGAGCCUAAAAGUCCCGAAUGGCCGAUCACAUGUCAACCUUUAGGGUCUCGCGGUGCGCUGAGUCCAGAUAGAUCAGAAUAUGGACCAAUGUCUCCAUAUUCCGACGAGAAUCAAUCUGGAUUUAGCCCAGAAUAUAGGGGAUUCUCCAAUAAGCGAGCCCGUUGGGAUCGGAGUCCAGAGUCUGGUUUCAGUACGGGAGAAGGCAGUUCCGCUUCGCCAUAUUGGACUGAGUAUCAGUGGAGCCCCAGCAGCUCAGGAAGCCCUACCUCGCCGUUAAGUGUUAAUGAAGACAGUUCAGACUCAGAGAUAUCGGGGCGUUACUCGCCCGUUUGUAGCGAGACUGACGACGCAGUUAACAUCGCGCCGCGAAGCUCGGCAGCCGAGUUAGACGCCGCUCAAGUAGCUCAUGACCUUGACGAGCUCAUCAUGGAAGAUGACGAUAGCGUGGAAGAGGAAACACCAUUAUCAGAAGAAGCAAACAAAUUAGACAUGAGUACGAAAUCGUCCCGAAUCGCGUGCGUUCUAGUCCUACUAUUCAGAGUUUCGCACGGCGCGUGCAAUUUUCACGGCGCACGUGAAGAGCCCGUGCCCAAUCAUACAAUGGAACUAUUGACAGGGAAAGAGUGCCUAAACGCUUUGCUGGACUAUGUGGAACGAUGCAAGAGGCCGCUUGGAAGGGCCGCCAGAAUACUAGCAAGAGUUUUAAGUAAUGCGCUGUGUUUAAUGAACAUAUUGAGGCACCGACUGGCUCUUAGAUUACACAGCAUGACUGUCAGUUCCAAGCAUCCGCCAGCUAAAUGUCAGCAGUGUAAACAGAUUGUAAGACUGAGUGCUAAGUUAUUAGUUCAAUUGACUAUUCUGGCGGAAUCCAGUUACGGUAUCGGUGAAAUCAGUUACCAGCUGCUAAAAGGCAAUUCUUCUAUGAAACAAACGCUAGCUUUAACACUGCCAUAUAUAGUAAGAACUGAGAAAGCGUUAAAGAAAUACUUCAUAGACUGCAGUGCGCUGAACUUCCUGUUCGCUAACAUCUCGGAGUCCAAAGAAGACAUUCAAGACUGCGUCACUGCCAUAGUAAAGUUAGCCUCCAAUGUUCAUAUUAAAGAUCCAAAAUCUUUAGAAAGUAGGUUCAAAGAUCAAGUCUAUGUUAGCUAUGAUCCUGUACUAGAUAAUCUAUCAGUAGAUGAAGUAGUCACCUUCCAGCUAGACGAUUUAUCCUUAGUAAAAGCGAACAAAGUGUUCCUAUGUCAAAACUCUGAAUAUUUCAGCGCCAUGCUUAUGGGCUGUUUCAAGGAGUCUGUAGAAAAGUGCGUUCGUCUCACAGAUGUUUCGAGACCCGCCCUCGAAUAUCUUUUUACUUUAUUACACUGUGGUUUGAAUAACCCUCAGUGUGAAAUACAGAUAUUCCCAAUGGCUGAAGACUUGGAAACUAAUUUAGAAGUUCUAUUACUUGCGGACAGGUACUUGCUAGAUAGACUGAAGGAGUUAAUGAGUAGUGCGAUAUUGCAAUUUCAGCUGACGCCCGAGAAUGCCGAUAAGAUUUAUGUGUGGUCUUUGAGCAAAGGAAUGGGAUUUUUGUGUGUAGAAUCUGUAGCGUAUUUGCUAACUGGAAAAAUGUGCGAGACGGCGCGUGCGCGGUCGUUCCAAACUAUCCUUAGCUUGGAGUAUAAAGACCAGUGGUUAGAUGACAUCAAGUCUAUGAUCCGAAGGCAGCUUGUAAAAUGAACUAUGCAUAGUAUUUUGGUUAUUGAGUUAUUGUUAUAUCGAGAUUGGUUAUUAUUAAGAAGGAUACCUAAUUAAUAACUUUUUAAUCCUACUUAUUACUGUGCUAUCGUACUCGGUAUUUGGUGGUCUGCUCUCAAUCUCGUUUUGCCAUAAAUAUCUUAAAUAAUAAUUAAAAACCCGCCUAUAAAUUUUUAUUGCAUUUAAUGAGCAACUCAAUUAGAUUUCGCCUCCAGCUCCGCCCGCGUGAAAAAGUACCCUAUGUCCUUUUCCGUACUCCUCGCUAUAUGUAUGCAAAAUUUCAUGAAGACCGGUUUCGUGGUUUUAUCGUGAAAGACAAACAAACGUAUAUUUUACAGGAAAUGUUUAAUUUUGUAAAUGAAAUGUAAUUUUUUAAUUGUGAUAUGUAUGAAAUUUAUAAAAAGUGGAAUAGAAUAAAGCGAAAAGAUAUAUUUUUAUUCAAGUACAUGUAUUGAA